AUGAACUCCAGAAACACUUCACAGAAAGUAAAAUCAAAAUCGAAACAAAAUUGUUGUGUCGUGAAUUGCAGUAAUAAUGCAAAGAAAAAUCCUGACCUGCACUUCUACUAAUUUCCAAACCGUCCUUGGGAGCAAGCGCGUAAAAACAGUGAGCCGAAUUGUGAUAUGACUUAUAGUAUUGAUGGUUUUCAUUUUUCCUCCCGGCCUGAUGGCAAGCCGUGGAUUCCCACAGCAAAUUCUAGGAUUUGCAGUGCUCAUUUUUCUGGAGGUGAAAAAUCUAAUGAUCCCUUAAACGAGGCAUUCAACCCGACAAUAUUUCCUGACAUUUACAAAAAAGUAGAAAAAUCUGGAAGUCAGGACAGGGGCGAACGAUUACGAGCUUAA